CAUGAACUAACAAAGAUGUCCCAAUAAGUAACACAAUUUAUACAGGCAUCAAGCAAUUAGAUAUAAAGAUGACACUAUCAUAGAUUCCACCCAUACAAAAUCAUAAACUUCAGAUUAGAGUAUUGAAUUGUGAAUAAUUUGAGAAAUGUCAAAAAUCUCUGAAAUCAAAGUUGUAAAUGAUUUUUCAGUGGAUUCAUAAUGUUUAGAUCGUAGUAGUAUAUUAGAACACUCAUUAGAAAAUGAUUUGCGUUAAUGGCAAUAAGCUUAUAAGAUAGAUAAUUUGAUUGUCUAAAAAUUAGAAAAAGGUUCAAUUUAUGAAUAUGGUUAGAUAUAAAGGAUAUUGACAAUUAAAUAAUUUAGAUAGCAACAUAAUUUGAUGUAUGUAUGAAUUUACAGUAAAAAACAGAAGCAAAAUUUAAAGAGUUUUAACAACUAAUGAAAGGUACUUAAUUCAUCAAGUUUUCUCGUUCUAAUUGUAAGAAAUGGGAUUAAAGAACUAUAUUUUAUUGUUCAUUUUUAGAUUCUAUUUGUUGGAAAUCAAAAACUUCUAAAUUUCCAUCAGCCAAAUAAACUAUUCCCAUAGAUUAAAUAAUAUAGAUUCAUACAAAUUACAAUAAGUAAUAAUAUAUAUUUAAUUUAGAUAUAAAUUGAUAAAGAAGAAUUUUAUUCUUCCACAAAAUGCUGAAUAAGAUUGUUUUUUAGCAAUUGAAGCUAAAAAUGGAAUUAGAUUAGAAUUAUUAGCAGAAAAUAAAGAGGAUUAAUUAUUAUAUGCUAGAAUUUUAAAUUUAUUGAUAAAUAAAGAAAAAAGUGUUAAAAACUAAAAUUAAUAAUAUAUAAUUGAACAAUAUAGUGUGGAUAUUAAUUUAAUUAGAAAAGUAUUAUUUAUUAAUAAAUGAAUCUAGAAUUUGGAAGGAUCUAAAAAGAACUUUUUAGAAACAAUAGAUAAAUUAUAAUAAAGUUUUAUUUCAACUACUUCAACACUUUUGAAAUAAGAGAGAGAGAAAACUAAAACAAUUAAAAAAAAAUCUUAACAUUAUGUAUUUUAAAGUAAAUUAUAAUUGGAAGAUAUGAAUAAAGAAAAUAAAAUAUAAAAGAAAUAAAUAAAAGAAUUACAAUUAGAAAAUGAUUAUUUAGAAAGUAGAAUAGAAUAAUUAUAAGAAUAUUACACUUAAAGAUAAUUAUAAAUUAAGAAUUCAACUAAUCCUUAAUAAGUUCAAUUAUAUCAAAUAAUAAAAGAUAUAAUAGGAAUGAAUGGAGAUUAAAGUAUUCAUAAUGAAUCAUAAUAUGAAUAUCAACCAUAAGAUUAUCAUGAAGAAAAUAUUAAAAAUUUAUAAAAGCUUUCAACUCUCUAUGAUCGAUAAUAGAGUACUGAAAUAGAAUUAAGAUCAUAUCUUAAAGAAUUGUAAGAAGAGAAAUCAUAAAUAGCCAAUUAAUUAUAAUAAUCAUAAUUUGAUAUACAUGAAUAAGAAAUGUACAUUAUUGAAUUAGAAAACAUAAAUAAUCUAUUAUAAACUAAAUUAUAAGAUGUGAAUUAAGUUUUAGAAUUUAAAGAAUAACAAUUUUCUAAUUUAGUAUAAGAUAUGUAAAAAUUAUAACAAGAAAUUCCAAAAUUAAUUAGUAAUAAUAAUUAAUAAUCUAUUAAUACUGAAACAAGAAGACUCUAAACUGAAAAUGAUAAAUUAAAAGAUACUAUUCAAAAUAAAAUAAAAGAAUUAAAAAAGUAUAUAUUAUUAAUCAUUAUUCUAGUUAAAUGAUAAAAGAAGAAUAAAAUUGGAUGAAUUUCUUUGUAUAAAUAAUAUCUUAUAUUUGUUAUUACAUUGCUCCAGAUGAUUUAUCAUCUGAUAUUAAUAUUACUAUAUAAGGAUUAUAUUAUAAGUUGUGUGAUAAGGCUUAUGGAGAGUCAUAAACUUAAUUAGAUAAUUUGAUCAAUUUAAUUAAAUAAAAGGCAAACUUCUUUUAAAAACAAUAUAAAGAAUAAUUUGAAUAAAUGUUUAAGGAUUAAUAAGCUAUAUUAUGUAGUUUAGCAUCAAGUAUUAUUAUCAAUUAUAAUUAUAGGAUUGCCUUCUCCUAAAACUACAAAUUCUAGAUAAUCAUCUCAUUAAACUUUACAAUUAGAUAAAACUUUUUAGUCUCCAAGCAGAGUUUUUAUUAAAAAUAAGGCUAAAUUGACUAAAGAUAAUCAUCCUUUAGAUUCCAAUUAAAUAUAAUAUUUGACUUAAUUAAUUAAAUGA